ACGUAUUCGAUGACUUGUAUGAUAUAUUGAUAUCGUAAAAGUUACAAGAUAUACUUAGUAGAAAUUAAGAAAAUGGCAAAAAUAAUCAUAUUUGGUUGCACUGGAAUGACCGGCCUUUGUGCUGUAGAAGCUGCUGUAAAUAAAGGACUAAGUGUGAAGGCCUUCGUUCGGAAUCCAGCAAGACUACCCGAGCAUUUAAAAAACAGUGUUGAAGUUGUCACAGGCAAUGUCCUGGAUUAUAAAUCUGUAUUGGAUGGCAUAAAAGAUGUGUCUGGAGUAGUGGUAGCCUUGGGUACAAAUAAUGAUUUGAGUGCUACCACUGACUUGAGCACAGGAUUGCAAAAUAUUAUUAAAGCUAUGAAAGAACUGAAUGUAGAAAAAAUUUCAGUGUGUCUGUCUGCCUUUUUGUUCUAUGAAGUUAGUAAAGUGCCACCAAGAUUCAAGGAUUUAAAUGAUGAGCAUCAAAGAAUGUAUGAUGUUCUAAAGGCCUCAGGGCUGAAAUAUAUUGCUGUUUUUCCACCACACAUAGCAGAUGAACCCUUAGGGGAAUAUGUCACAAAACAAGAUGCUGUUCCAGGAGCAAGGGUUAUAUCUAAACGCAGCUUGGGAGCAUUUUUGGUUGAUUCCCUUGAUCAACCUGAACAUUAUGGAAAAACUGUGGGUAUCAGUAAUAAAACCCAGUAAAAUAAUACUUUUUAUUAAGAACCAAAGUAAUAAAUGACUGUAUUUUAAAAAUGUUAUUAGUUUCUUGUGAUAAUUUCUACAAAAUAAAUAAAGUUUAUAGG